UUCCCUGCAAACAAGCAACAUGGCUGCCGAGGAUCUACCGUCUGAAUUUGACGUCGUCAUUCUGGGCACAGGGCUCGUGGAGUCGGUGGUGGCUGCUGCCUGUUCCAGGGUCGGUCAGCGAGUUCUUCAUGUCGACAGGAGGAGUUACUACGCAGCCAACUGGGCCAGCUUCACCUUCAACAGCCUGCUCACCUGGAUCCAGCAGCACCAGGAGGAGUCUCAGUCCGAGCCGGUCCAGGAUUGGUCCAGCCUGGUGGAGGAAGGGGAAGAGCUGAUCUAUCUGUGUAACUCUGACUCCGCCUCCGUCACUAACCUGCAGGUUUUCUGUUACACCAGUGAAGAAGACGAGGAGGAGGAGGAGGAAGCUCCUGAUCCUCCAGACACCACAGAAGAAGAAGAAGAAGCUGAGGACGCUGUUAAAGAAACAGAGACAGGAUCUACAGGUUUACAGGACAAAGAAAGGAAAGAGGAAGUAGCUGAAGGAGAAGAGGAAGAACAGGCUGCUCAGACUGUUGGGGAGGAGCCAGAGACAGCUCAGUCCCGCCUCUCUGUCCCUCAAUGCCAGUCAGAGCCAAUGAGGAAGAAGAUCAGCUACGCUCAGCUGGUGAAGGAAGGACGCAGGUUCAACAUCGACCUUGUCUCCAAGUUGAUGUAUUCUCGCGGCUCAUUGGUUGAUCUGCUCAUCAAGUCGAACGUCAGUCGUUAUGCAGAGUUCAAGAAUGUCAGUAGGAUACUGACCUAUCGCCAUGACAACGUGGAACAGGUGCCCUGUAGUAGAGCUGAUGUGUUUGCGAGUCGUCAGCUUUCUGUGGUAGAAAAGAGGAAGUUGAUGCGUUUCCUCACUUCCUGUGUUGAGGACACUGAGGAGCAGCAAGCUUACAACGGUCGGCCAUAUUUGGAGUUCUUGCGUGACCAGCAGCUUGGAGACAACCUGCAACACUUCCUUGUCCACUCUAUUGCAAUGGUGACAGAGGACACACCCACAGAGGCGGGGCUUGCUUCCACACGCCACUUCUUGCGCUGCCUGGGUCGCUACGGCAACACGCCUUUCCUGUUUCCUGUCUAUGGCCUUGGAGAGAUACCGCAGUGUUUCUGUAGGAUGUGUGCUGUGUUUGGAGGAAUCUACUGUUUGAGACACUCGGUCCAUUGUGUGAUCGUCGACCAGGAGUCCAACAGGUGCAAGGCGGUGAUUGACAUCAGAGGACAGCGAAUCAGCUGCAGCCACUUUGUGGUGGAGGACGGCUAUGUGGCCGCGGAGAGGAAGAAGGUGGCCACGCCCACCAGGUUCAUCAGCAGAGCCGUCCUGAUCACUGACGGAUCCGUCCUGCCCACUGACUCUGAGCAGCAGGUUUCCAUGGUUACGCUUCCUCCAAUAGCAGCGGGGAGUCCGUCGGUGAAGAUGGUGGAGCUCUGUCCGUCCACCAUGACGUGUCCCCCAGGAACCUAUCUGGUCCACCUCACUUGUCAAUCAACUGGCUCCGCCUACCAGGACCUGUCUCCACUGGUAACCAGAAUGUUCCACAUACCAGAGUCACAUGACCAAGGCAAGCGUCCGUCUGUCCUCUGGUGUCUGUACUUCAACAUGGUGGACGGGUCGGUGGUCGAUUGUCACAACCUUCCAUCAAACGUGCACGUGUGUUCUGGACCAGAUGGAGAGCUGGGCCACGAACACGCCAUCACACAGGCGGAGUCGAUCUUCCGGAAGAUUCUCCCUCAGGAGGAAUUCUGUCCUCCAGCUCCGAACCCUGAAGACAUCAUCUACGACGCAGACACCGCGGAGGGGGACGUCCUCAGCCGUCUAACUGAGGAGUAAUGACUUCAUAUUUAUCCAAAAGCUCCUUCAGUGCAUUGUGGGUAAAAGUUGCCUUCAUGUUUUACUUCUCUGCUUUCUGUCAUUUAAAACUCAAUAAAGUUUAACUGAGCAAACAUUA